GAUGCUGUUGCCAGGGAACAGCAGCGUAGAGGACGACGGAAAACAACUGCAGGAUUAUCUGGCAGGGUAAAGGACACAGAGACCAAAGCGCAAUUGCCCCAUGCUACUGUAGGGAUAAUUAAACUGGUGCCGUGGAGGAUUUUGGACACGGAGAUAAAAUUUGGAGCUGGUGUAAUUGUAAGGAUGUGUAUGAACCCACAUGAAGAGUAAAAGGGGAAGCAAGAGAGAACUUCCAUGGUGCCAGAGCAGAUGCAUUCCCAUUAAAGGAAUUUUGUGUCUUGGUGGGGUGGAUGUAAGGGCUGAGAAACCAGCCGUCGGCUCACUCUGCACGCCCCAAUCUCUUCCCAACAAAGGUGGCCAGAGCCGGAGGAGAGGAGGGGUGAUCCAGAACAGAGGUACCCCCUGUUUCAAGACACCUGCUGCCUGCUAGUUGCUGACACUGAGGACACUGCAGGACUGUGUUUGUGCAUAUAGAUUAAUGAAAGACAGACUGACCCAUGUUUCUCCGUUGACAUGGGAGAUUCUCCGCUGAAAUCUUUGCUUCUGUGACUGAGGAGGGGGAAGACACUCAGACAUAGACCUGAGAGAGGUUUGGAGGGGAUCUCUCACCAUUCACAUCCGUGCUGUUCCCUCCAAGGGAUGGGCACAACGGAGGCAACUUUACGAAUGGAGAACAUGGAAGUGAAAGACGAGUGGCAGGAUGAAGACUUCCCCAGACCUCUACCAGAGUACGGCGAUAUGGACCCCUCCUGUGGUCUCACAGACAGUCGAGUCUCUCCUCCUAACUCUUUACACGUGAGCCCACCUGGAGGAGGAGGUGGCGUGUCUUCGUCUCACCGCAAACGGCGCACACUGGUGGCCCCUGAGAUGAACCUGUCCUUGGAUCAAAGCGAAGGGUCUCUGCUGUCAGAUGAUUUCCUGGACACCCCGGAUGAUCUGGACAUCAACGUGGAUGACAUGGAUACACCAGAUGAAACAGACUCAUUGGAGUUCAUAACCAACGGGAAUGACUUGGAGUGGGAAGAUGACACGCCAGUAGCUUCGGCCAAGGCGGGUCCGGGUGGAGGCUCUGGAGCACCGGCUGAAGAUGGAAACGCAAACAACGGGCGACUGUGGAGAACGGUGAUUAUCGGAGAGCAGGAGCACCGUAUCGACAUGCAGAUCAUCAAACCUUACCUCCGGGUCAUCACACACGGAGGUUAUUAUGGGGAAGGCCUAAACGCCAUCAUUGUGUUCUCUGCUUGCUACCUGCCCGACAGCAGCUGUCCAGACUACCACUACAUCAUGGAAAACCUCUUUCUAUAUGUGGUCAGCAGCCUUGAGAUGCUGGUGGCCGAAGACUACCUGAUCAUUUACAUGAAUGGAGGCACCCCUCGGAGUAAGAUGCCUGGAAUCAGCUGGCUGAAAAAAUGCUACCAAAUGAUUGACAGAAGAUUGAGGAAGAACCUCAAGUCUCUGGUCAUCGCUCAUCCUACGUGGUUUAUACGCACAGUUCUGGCGAUAUCCAGGCCUUUCAUCAGUGUAAAGUUCAUGAAUAAGAUCCAAUACGUCCACAGUUUAGACGAACUUGCAGAGAUUGUUCCCAUGGAGCACGUCCAUGUGCCUGAGUGUGUGAUGCAAUAUGACGAAGAAAGGAUCAAAGCCCGAAGGGAAAGGAUGGAGCAGGAGCGGCGGCAGCAAGAGCAGCAGUCAGUCCCACAGGGGCCAAUUAAAAAGUCUGUGAGGCCAAAAUCAAUGAUUGUGGAGCAAUGAUUGUGAGAAGGAAAAACUUUGAAGGUGAAGGGGGUGACAGCUAGAUGACCAGCAAGUCGACCACCUCCUCUCUUAUUUGAUCCACAUCCAGCUGAUGUUUCAUGUAACUUCACAGUCAAAAAGAGGGCCGCUCUGUCAUAUAAUAUUCACGCCAUCAGCAAUUCCCUCCUCUUGCUGAAAAGUGGGACGUUCUCCCAGCUUGAAAAGGUAGACCAAGAAGUGGCUGCUCUGUCAAAUAAGAUGUUUUUUACAGGAAGCUGUCGCUGCCUCUUGUAGGUCCUGAUGUUUGGUUCAUAAAAUUGUUGGACCACAAUGAGGUAUUUGAUUGAUUCUGUUAUUUCUCCCACUGAUGUAAUAUCUGUAAAGAUAAGUCUGAAUCUGAUUUAAUAUUAAAACAUAAAUCAGAGUUUAAAAAUUAAGCUUUUCGAAGCUCAAAAUGCAGUGUGGUUCAAUAGCUUUUGUCGCACAAUGCGAGAGUUUUUGACACGCAGCAUGUCGGGAUGAGAUAUUCCACGUUGGGAGCACUACUAAAACAAACUGCUCUCUCAAGUACACACACUGCAGGUUGGUGAAGAUAUAACAGUGUCAGAUGCAGAUGUAGCAAUGUAAAAGAUGCCUUCGUCUCUCUUUUCUUUUUACCUCGUAGCUGCUGUAUCUUUAAGGCCUUUCCAAGCUCUGUCCUAAUUAUCCUAGCAUCCAUAAAAGGUCCAGAUAUACAAACAUUUCUUUAUGUCCGUCUUCUCGCUUUCUGGCCUUAGUUGCUGUGUGAACUACUACCUGUACUCUAUUGUGUAUUAUGAUGUGCCUGCAUUGUGCUGAUGACUACAUUUUCUGAGCUAGAAAACCCCACAUGAGAAAAAGAUCUGUAAAAUAAACGCACACGAAAUGUUUGGUUUGUAGACGUCUGCUGUAAGAGCAAACUUCAGACAACAGACCAUGCAAACCUUUAGGAGAAUUUGUUAGUUUGCUACCUACCACAUGCAUGUUUUUAAAAAUAGAGUGCUAACCCUGCACAUUCAAAGACUCAACUUUAGAUUUUACAUGGAAAACAAAAUUCAUUAAAUCCCUUCAGAUGCUAUUGUUUUAAGAUUAACUUUUUCCAUGGGGGGGGGUGUCAGCUGUCUGCUUAGAUGGAAAAACAUUAUAUUGUCAAAAGUAUUCGCUUAUCUGCCUUUGCUUACAUUUGGACUUAAGGGGCAUCCCAUUCUUAAUCCAUAUCGAUAUAUCAAUAUGACGUUAGGGCACACUCUGCAGCUACAGCAGCUUUAAGUCUUGUGAGAAAGCUUUCCAAAAGGUUUAGGGGUACAUUUAUGAGAAUAUUAGACCAUUCUUCCAAAGGGACAUUUGUGAGGUUAGACACUGACAUUGGACGGCCUGGUUUACAGUCUCCAUUCUAAUUCAUCCCAAAGCUGAUCGGUCGGGUUGAGAUAAGGACUGUGUGCGGGUCAGUCGAGUUUUUCCACACCAAAUUUGCUCAUCCAUGCAUCCAUGGGCGUUUUGCCACUGGUGCACAGUCAUAAAACAGGAUAGCCCAUCUCCAAGCUAAUCCAACAAUGUCGAGAACAUUUAAUUCUCCACAAUGACUUGAUAUAAUGGAGCACUGAGAGUUCCUUUACACCAAGUCCAGCUUCUGAGAGAAGCAACCAUAAUCCCUUCUGCACCAACAUUUUUUCUUGACACAAUGCAGUCAGACAGAGGCCAUUCUAAUGACAAAUGCCAAACCCCGACUUGUCCGUUACAUUGUUAGACUGGAAGGCGUUAUACAUACACCCGUCCAAAGAACAGGUCUCCUCUACUUUAGAGUCCAGAGGCGGCACGCAUUACACCAUUGCAUCUGACCUUUCCCACUUGGUUAUGUAAGGCUUGGCUGCAGCUGCUUGGCCGUGAAAACCGCUCCAUGAAGCUCUCUGCAUUGUUGCGCUCCCAAGGCCACACGAAGUUCGGAGGUCUGUAGCUAUUGUCUCUGCAGAAAGUUGACGAUCUCUGCACAAUGACCCUCAGCAUCUGCCAGUGUUGUAGGACUCGAGUCCGAGACUCAAACUCGAGUCCGAGUCAUUAGCUAAAUUUAGAGACUCGUGACUUGACUUGGACUUGA